AAUAACAUUAUAUAUACAGUAACUAGAUAAUUAUAAGUAAUAAUAAUUUCAUCCUCUAAGAGAAAAGUAGCAAUGGAGGAGAAGACAGGGAGUAUAGGUAGAGUUAAUGAGCGGCCAACAGCUGGGAAAAUGAUUGAUCGAGGAACAGUCGAGAGGAACCAAAGAGAUCACAUGAGGGGUCUCUGCAACGAGCUCUUCUCCCUUCUUGCUCCUCGGCAUUUCACCACUUCCAAGGAAAUGCUAUCACUGCAAUCCCAGAUUGAUGAAGCCGCAUCCUACAUCAAGCAACUUAGAAGAAGAGUGGAAGAACUGAGGGUGAGGAAAGAACAAGCGGCAAUCACGACCAGCAUAGUCGCAGGCGACCAUAACAACGACAACGGUGAUUGUCAGAUGAUGGAACAGGAUUCAGAUGAGUUAAGGGUUCCGAUUCUUGAGUUGAAGGAAGUAUUCAUGGGUUCUGGUCUACAAGUUAACUUGAUAAGCAAAAGCAGCUCGAACAAAAGUGACAACAACAGAAGCAAUUUCUUCUCAGUAUCGUGCAAAUUGAUUGGUGUUCUUCAGGACGAAGGAGCUGAGGUUGUUGAUGUUAGCUUUGUCCAUAGAGGCUCCAAGGUUUUCUACUCCAUCCAUGCUCAGGAUGACUGGGCACAAUCAUAUGAUGGGCUGUGCCGAGAGACACAUGAUCCUUCCAGUGGAUUUGGGUAUUGGUCCGAUAUACUUUGGCUCCGGCCCGAUUGUUCGUCCAGCGAUGGUGUCUUGAAGUAUAUAUCAUUCGUCAUUGGGAAGUUUCCUUCAUGA